AUGUCUGAAAAAUCCGGUUAUUCACACUCAUUUGACGACAACGUCGAAGACUACCAUCCUGGUGAAAAGUCAGCCAAUAGGUUGACCAAAUCAAUUUCAAGGAUAUCUUCAAGAAUUUCGGGUAGUUUUGCUAGAGCCGAUGAUGUUGAAGGUCAAACUGACCAAGCAAUUUUCGCUAACCAUCUACAGAAUGCUGUCUCUAACCCACAAACCGUGGAAAGAAUCCAAUCUUUGGCAAGAACUUUGUCAAGAAAAACCAAGAAAGAAUUAAAUAAAUUCGAAAUUGACACUGAAGAAUUUGAUUUGCAACUGUUGCUUGAUUAUUUGCAAUCAAAAGCUUCUGAACAAAACAUUACUUCCUCACAUGCUGGUGUUGCAUUCAAAGACGUUGUUGCUUCUGGUAAAGAUGUCAAUGCUGCUUAUGCCCCAACUGUUUACGAAAUGAUGUUAGCCGCUCUCAACUUUUUUCCAAAUUUGGUGAAAAAAGAUACAACACCUCAUCGUGAUAUCAUCAAAGGAUUCAAUGGGGUUCUUGAAUCUGGUGAAAUGUGUCUUGUCCUUGGUCGUCCUGGUGCCGGGUGUAGUACUUUUUUGAAAACUUUGACUGGGGAAACUAGUGAAUUGACUUCUUUUGGCGGUGAUUUCUCUUAUGAUGGUUUAUCCCAUGAAGAAAUGAUGACCUUGUUCAAGAAUUACAUUAUUUACAAUCCCGAACUAGAUGACCAUUUCCCAACCAUUACGGUGAAAGAAACUAUUGAUUUUGCUUUGAAAACCAAAACUCCUGAAACCAGAAUUGAUGGUAUGACCAGAUCUCAAUACGUUAACAACAUGAGAGACUUAUGGUGUACCGUUUUUGGUUUGAGACACACUUAUGCCACCAAUGUCGGUAAUGACUUCGUUAGAGGUGUUUCUGGUGGUGAAAGAAAGAGAGUAUCUAUUGUGGAAGCCUUAUCAUGUGAUGCUUCGAUUUAUGCAUGGGAUAAUGCCACCAGAGGGCUAGAUGCCUCUACGGCUUUGGAGUUCUCCCAAGCUAUUAGAGUCGCUACCAACAUGUUGAAGAAUUCAGCUUUCGUGGCGAUUUAUCAAGCUGGGGAAAAUAUUUACGAAUUGUUUGACAAAGUUACUGUCGUUUACUUGGGUAAACAAAUCUACUGGGGUCCUGCAGAAAAGGCUAAAGCCUACUUUGAAAAAAUGGGUUGGCAAUGUCCUCAAAGAAUGACCACUCCAGAAUUUUUGACCUCGCUUACCGAUCCAAAUGGUAGAAUUACAAAGCCUGGUUUUGAAAAUAAAGUUCCUCAAACCUCAGAGGAAUUUGAAGAGUAUUGGUUGAACUCUCCUGAGUACCAAGAGUUGAUGACCGAGUACGAUAACUAUAUCGCUGGACAUUCUCAUGAUGAUACCUUGAACAGAUUAGAAAUUGCCACUUCCCAGCGAAAACAAAAAUUAUUGAGAAAAUCCUCACCAUUUGUCGUUUCAUACUUUCUGCAACUUUGUUACUUGGUCACCCGUGGUCUUCAAAGAGCCAGAGGUGAUAUGACUUAUAUUACCAUUUAUUUGACCACUUUCCUUGUUAAAGGUUUGAUCGUUGGUUCUAUGUUUUACAACAUUCCUGAAGACACUUCUGGUGCUGAUUCUCGACUGGGUAUUCUUUUCUACUGUCUUGUUUACUGUGCCGUUACUUCUUUGGCAGAAAUCGCAAAAUCUUUUGCCAACAGAAAGAUCACCUUGAAACAAAAAUCUUAUUCUAUGUACCAUUUGUCUGCCGAAGCUUUGCAAGAAAUUGUUACGGAGAUGCCAGUGAAAAUUUGUGCUAUUAUCAUUUUAGCAUUGACUUCUUACUGGAUGCCUAAUUUGAAACAUCAAGCAGGCCCAUUCUUCAUGUACUUGAUUUUCUUAUUUUUGAUCAACCAAUGUUUCUCAUUUAUGUUCAAAUUAAUCGCUACUUUGGCUUAUGAUGGGGAAACCGCUCAUGCCCUUGGUGGAUUGUGGGUGAUUAUGUUGGCAGUUUAUUGUGGUUUUAUUAUGAAAUUGCCAUUCGCUCAUCAUGUUCUUAAGUGGGUCCACUGGAUCAACCCAAUGUACUAUUGUUACGAACAACUCAUGGCUACCGAAUUCCACGGCAGACUUAUGAAAUGUGCUGAAAUGGUUCCUAAUGGCCCUUCAUAUGAUGCUUUUGGCAUUGCCAACAAAGUCUGCUCCCUUUAUGGUUCUAUUGCUGGACAAGAGUAUAUCAGUGGUGAUGCUUACAUCAAGAAACAAUAUAGUAUGGAAUAUAAGCAUACAUGGAGAAAUUUUGGUAUUAACAUUGCCUGGACCGCUGGUUUCAUUAUUGUCUAUACUAUUCUUUCAGAAUAUUUGAAGAAUGUUGUUGGCGGCGGGGAUAUGUUGUUGUAUAAGCGUGGCCACUUACCAAAGAACUCCAAUGAGUCUAUUGACGGUAAAGUUGCCAACAGAGAAGAAAUGAUGAAAGCUUUGAAUGAACCUGGUGCUGAUUUGCAAAAAAUUGUUGCCGAAAAGGACGUCUUCUCAUGGCAAAAUUUGGACUACGUUAUUCCUUACGAUGGAGCUACCAGACAAUUGUUGGACAAUAUUCAAGGUUAUGUCAAGCCAGGUAAUAUGAUUGCGUUGAUGGGUGAGUCUGGGGCUGGUAAAACCACUCUUUUGAAUACCUUGGCUCAAAGAAUCAACUUUGGGGUUAUCACUGGUGAUAUUUUAGUGAAUGGUAGACCAAUUGACGCUUCUUUCAAGAGAAGAACUGGCUAUGUGCAACAACAAGAUUUACAUUUGGCGGAAUGCUCUGUUAGAGAAUCAUUAAGAUUUGCUGCUGAUUUACGUCAACCUAAGGCCACCCCUCAAUCAGAAAAAUACGAAUACGUUGAAACUAUCAUUAAGUUGUUAGGCAUGCAAAACUAUGCUGAAGCUAUCGUUGGUAAAAUUGGUCGUGGUCUUAACGUUGAACAAAGAAAGAAAUUGUCCAUUGCUGUUGAAUUGGUUGCCAAGCCAUCAUUGUUAUUGUUCCUCGAUGAACCAACUUCUGGUUUGGAUUCCCAAUCUGCUUGGUCUAUUAUUCAAUUCUUGCGGGCCUUGGCUGAUUCUGGUCAAGCGAUUUUGUGUACCAUCCAUCAACCAUCAGCGACUUUAUUUGAAGUGUUUGACAAGUUAUUGUUGUUGAAAAAAGGUGGUAAGACUGUUUAUUUUGGUGAUAUUGGCCCACAUUCUGAAACCAUGUUGAAUUAUUUCGAAAGACAAUCGGGAGUCAAGUGUGCUACACAAGAAAAUCCUGCUGAAUAUAUUUUGAAUUGUAUUGGUGCUGGUGCCACCGCCUCUGCCGCUGAUGAUUGGCAUGAGCUUUGGAUUAACUCCCCUGAAUAUCAACAAGUUACUGAGGAAAUCGCGGUAUUGCACAGAGAAUUGCCAUUGAGACCAGUGGCUGAAAAUGCUGACACUUUGAAAUCGACUUUUGCCACUUCAUGGGAUAAACAGAUGUGGUAUGUUUUGAAGAGAACGUUCUUGCAAUUCUGGAGAUCUCCAAUUUACAUUCGUGCCAAGUUCUUGGAAUGUGUUUCUUGUUCGUUAUUCUUGGGUAUUUCUUUCAUUGGUUUAAACACAUCAGCGUCUUCUGCCACUAAUGCAUUUGCCUCAGUUUUCAUGUUAUUGGUGAUUGCUUUAGCCAUGAUUAACCAAACACAUGUUUUCGCUUAUCCAUCCAGACAAUUGUACGAAGUUAGAGAAGCAGCUUCCAAUACUUUCCACUGGUCUUGUCUUUUGUUGUGCCAUACUUUUGUUGAAGUAGUCUGGUCAACCAUUUGUAUGUUUUUAUGCUGGGUCUGCUUUUUCUGGCCAGCCAUUCAAGGGCAUGGCUCUGUCGAAAGAAACGGUUAUUUCUUCUUUGUCUUUGUGUUAAUCUUCCCUCUUUAUUUUAUCAGUUACGGUUUAUGGAUCCUCUAUUUCUCUCCAAAUGUUCCUUCUGCUGCAAUGAUCAACUCCAUGCUUUUCGCUGCCCUCAUGUUGUUUUGUGGGAUUUUGCAACCUGAACAAUUCAUGCCUGGCUUUUGGACUUUUAUGUACAAAGCCUCACCAUUCACUUAUUUUGUCGAUUCCUUUGUUUCUGCCCUUGUCCAUAAUAGAGAAGUCAAGUGUACCAAAGAUGAAUUUUUAUCCUUCCCACCACCUGCUGGUCAAACUUGUGGUAGUUACAUGGAGGAUUAUAUGAAUGCUUCUACUUUCACCGGUUACCUCAAGGAUGCUAGUGCUACUGAUAUGUGCCACUAUUGCCAAUAUAAUUACCAAGAUGAAGUUGUUGCCCAAUUCAAUGUCAAAUGGGAACACAGAUGGAGAAAUUUUGGAUUCUUCUGGGUCUAUAUUGUUUUCAAUUUCGCUGCCAUGUUGGGUUGCUAUUACAUUAUGAGAGUCAAGGUCUGGAGUUUGAAAUCAGUUCUUGAUUUCAAAAAAUGGUUUAAUGGUCCUCACAAGGAUAAGCAUGAAAAAGAUACCACUGUCUUCCAACAAAAACCAGGAGACGAAAAGGUGCUUAAGCCAAAAAAUCUUUAA